UAUGUCAAUUGAAGUAGCCAAAGCUAUAGGGUAUGAAACAGAAGAAGUCAAGGCUUUAUGCACUGAUAGAGAUGCAAUUUUAUAUUCUCUUGGUAUAGGAUAUAGUUCUGAUCCCAUGAAUGCAGAAGAACUUUCUUAUACUUAUGAAUUACAUGAAGAUUUCAAAGUUUUCCCAACUUAUACAACAUGUCUUCAUAGAACUGAUAUUUUUAAGGUCAAUUGAAAUUAGAAAUUAUUAGGCUUUGACAUCUUGUCCAGGAAUUCCAAAUUUUAAUCCAAUGAUGUUAUUACAUGGAGAAUAGAGAAUUUAAGUCUUGAGACCUUUAAAAGCAGGAGUUGAAUAUGUAACUAAAGGAAAAAUAGCCAAUAUUUCUGAUAAAGGAAAAGGAGCUUUAAUUUAAUUUGAUUUAUUAAGUUCUGAAAUAGAUGCUUAAGGAAAGUAAACCUUAGCUUUUGUUAAUACAUUAUCUCUCUUUAUUAGAGGAUUAGGAGGCUUUGGACAUAAAGGAAAUCCAGUUGAAAACAUUCCUGCUACACCUAAAAGACCUCCCUGCAAAGAGGUUAAAUAAGUCACAACACCAAAUCAGGCUAUCAUAUAUAGACUAUCUGGUGAUAUUAAUCCAUUACAUAUUGAUCCUGUAAUAUUAGAUAAUUUAAUAUUAGAAUAUGGCUGCUUUAGGAGGAUUUGAUAAACCUAUUUUACAUGGAUUGUGCACUUAUGGUAUUUGUGCCAAAGCUGCCAUUUAGACAUUUACUUAAGUAUGAAUUUUUUUAAUUAUUAUAGGGAAAUGGUGAUGCUCUUAAAAGUAUGGCAGCUAGAUUUACUUCUCAUGUUUUUCCUGGGGAAACUUUAUUGAUUUCAUUAUGGAAGGAUGGAACCAAAGUUUAAUUUUCAGCUAAAACUUAAGAAAGAGGAAUAGAAGUUAUAGUUGGUUUUGUAGAGUUUAAUGAGAAAGCAAAAUUAUGAA